CGGUCUUCCGAGUUGGUCAGAAAGGCGGGUGACGUCAGCAUUAAGGCAUGCAGAAUUGUAGGGAGUCCGGAAAUACAGAGGCAACACCGGGUGUCUGAAGGAAGGGGGUCGUGUAUAGUUAUCACCGAGAGAACGAGUCUCACCAUCCGGGCACCAUGAGCGGAUUCCGGCAGCAGAAUGUGGAGGAAUUCUAUGAGAUGGGAGAGGAGCUUGGAAGUGGCCAAUUUGCUAUUGUACGGAAGUGCCGGGAACGUGCAACAGGAUCAGAAUAUGCAGCUAAGUUUAUUAAGAAGCGUCGUUUGUCCUCCAGCCGGCGAGGUGUGAGUCGGGAGGAGAUUGAGAGAGAGGUGGACAUCUUAAAGGAAAUUCAGCAUCCAAACAUCAUCACGCUACAUGAUGUGUUUGAGAAUCGCACCGAUGUGAUCUUGAUAUUGGAAUUAGUAUCAGGGGGAGAACUCUUUGACUUCUUGGCACAAAAGGAAAGCUUGAGUGAGGAAGAAGCCACCAUGUUUUUAAAACAAAUCCUUGAUGGGGUCCACUACUUGCAUCACAAGAGCAUUGCCCAUUUUGACCUCAAGCCUGAAAACAUUAUGUUGCUGGACCAGAGCUGCCCAAACCCACGAAUUAAACUCAUAGACUUUGGAAUUGCACACAAAAUCCAAGCGGGAAAUGAAUUCAAAAAUAUAUUUGGAACACCGGAAUUUGUUGCUCCUGAAAUAGUAAAUUAUGAACCUCUCGGUCUAGAGGCAGAUAUGUGGAGCAUUGGAGUUAUAACUUACAUCCUCCUGAGUGGAGCAUCUCCCUUCUUAGGAGAGACAAAGCAGGAAACGUUGACCAAUAUCUCUGGUGUUAAUUAUGAUUUUGAUGAGGAAUAUUUUAGCAAUACAAGCGAACUUGCAAAAGAUUUUAUCCGAAGAUUACUGGUCAAAGAUCCCAAGAAACGGAUGACAAUUGAUGAGAGCUUAGAACAUUCAUGGAUUAAGGCAAUAAGACGCAGGAACGUGCGCCAUGAAGAUAGUGGAAAACGCCCUGAGCGCCGGAGAUUGAAGACGACAAGACUGAAGGAGUACACAAUUAAAUCCCACUCAAGCAUGCCUCCUAAUAACACUUAUGUGAACUUUGAAAGAUUCAGUCAUGUGCUGGAGGAAUUGGGUGCAGCUGAGGAUGCAUUGCGAGAGCUGCAGAAAAGCCAGAAUACCUCCCGUGAGGAUCUUUGUGCCCUACAUUCCAUUUAUGAGGAAAAAGAAAGCUGGUAUCGGGAAGAGCAGGAAGGUGUAACACGGCAACUGAUGGGACUAAGGCAGGAGAUGCAGCGUGGUGAAGGGCAACGUUCUCAGGUUCAAGAAGAUAUAAGGAGUGCAAUGCUUGUUGUGAAUGGCUUGAAGAGAAGAAUGGGACGUCUAGAAAAUAGAUAUGAAGCACUGGCUGCCCAGGUCAGUGCAGAGAUGAGCUUUGUCGAAGAUCUUCUUAAAACAAUGGAGAGGCCAGAAGAUGAAGGUCUUAGGGGUGUGUGCUAGGCUUGCCUGUAGGGACACGGCUGCCCCUUCUCAUUUAGAUAAGGCUAACUAGAAUCGGCUUUGGAAACGCUAUAUUUUGUUCACCCACACAGACUGUUAUCAUAUCUGCUACAUUUUACCUGUAUAAGGAUGUUGUAUGAUUCCAUAGAGAAGUGAAAGUUAUGAGCAAGUAAGUGUUUGAACUAAGAUUUGGGAGAAAAGAAAGUGACAUAAAAGUUGAGGUAUUUUGCAGGUACUGUGCAGCAAGGACUAAAUUGGGGUUGCUGGCUUAGUAAGGAAUGGGCUUCUAAACUUUUUUUUUUUUUUUUUUUUUUUACUUGUACUUCAGUAGAUUUGAGUCUUACUAUUUUUUUUUUUAUUUUAUUUAGGUAGAGUGGCUUAAAGAAGGUUAGAACCUGUGUCGGGUUUGCUGUUUCCAUAAAAUAGAUUUCUAGAUGGACAUGAGGGGGUGAUCAACCUGAGAACACAGACCGCAAUACAUUACUUACAGAAGUUCUAAACUUUCCUCCCCUCUAAAGCAACAUAUGUUUUUAUUGCUGCUUGUUCCCUUUUGGGAGGAUUUCCCCUUACUUCCUGUUUUAGUAACUUUGAAAGUAAGGAGAUUUUCUCUCCCUUUGUGUUUUGACAACUGUCAAACUGGAACUGAGCAGAAAUCUCCCACAGGACCCAUGAUAAAAACAGCAAUAAAAAGUUUACAAAUCUUUUACCUUUCAGGUUUCUUUUUAACAGCACAGGAGUUUGGCUUUUAGGUAAGAGUUCAUGCGCUAUUUUAUAUUCAUUCUGAAAAAUGCUUUGUUUUCCAUUCUUUUAAGGAUUCUGUUUUCAUUCAUCUUGGAGGACCAGUCAUCACGUUUUUCCCUGUUGUGUAUAUUUAUUAAAAAAAAAAUAAUAUUAAUUUUAUAUAUAUAUCUGUAAUGUUUUUUUUGUCACUUUUUGAGUUAAAACACUUGAUAAAAAUAAAGUGAGAUUAGAGACUG